GGAGGCGGCGCGUGGCGGGCGGUUCGAGCUGCGGGCGCGCCCUGAGCCUGCCCUCGGCUUUCCCUGAACCUUCCCACAACCUUCUCUCAGCUCUCCCUCACCGUUCCUUCAGGCCUCCCCUCAGCCUUCCCGCCGCUUUCCUUCAGGCCUCCCCUCAGCCUUCCCGCUGCCUUCCCUGCGCCUCCCCUCAGUUUUCCCGCCAUUUCCCGCCCCGCUCCCCUCCCCUGGAGCCGCCGCUGGGGCCGAGCAGACGCUGCGAGGAAUCUUUUAAAUGAAGGUUUAGAAGGCAAGAUUCUGCUGGCUACUGAGACUCUUUUUUUAUUAAAAUACUGAAUAUUCAUUUUAAAUGGCAAAAAAAUUACAGCUGGAAUAAUUCCCCGGAUUGUUUUCAUGCAUUUGGAUCUUUUCUGCUUACAAAAAAUAUUUUAAUCAUGAGCUGUGGAAAGGAUUUUGUGGAAACUCUUAAGAAAAUUGGAUAUCCAAAAGCUGAUGAGCUUGAUGGAGAAGAUUUUGACUGGAUGUUCGAGUCUUCGGAAGAGAGAUCGUUUCUGGAGUGGUUUUGUGGAAACAUAAAUGAGCAGCACGUGUCUGAAAAAGAACUGCAAGAUUUUGAUAAUCUUGUCGAGUGUGGUAAGCCCAUCUUGGAAGGGCAUGCACUGGAUGAAGCCCUUAAAACUUUGAAGCCGAUGGAUUCGAAGAACGGUAGCCCAGAGAAGGAGGAGGAAGAGGAGGAACUGAAGAUAUUAGAGGACGAGCUUCAAACUCUUCAAAAGUUAAAAAAACUUCAAAUUCAUCGGCAUAAUAAGCUUCAACUGAUGGUCACUGCAAACAGCCGUUUGUUACAAACGCUACAAAGCAAAGAGGAGGAAGCACAGAAAGAUUUGAAAGAAGCUCUGGAAGUGUUUAUUGUAGCAAAUAAGAAGCUCGACAGUGAACUGCAGUCUCUUGCAGAUGCAGCAGAGAAAUUUACCUCUUUCUUCACUGCCUCAGAUUCAGAACAUCCAGUGUUUUUUUCCCAACUUUCUUUGGACAAGUAUUUUUCUCUGGAAGAACAAAGCACUGCAGCACUUAUCUCACACAUAAAAAACCAUUUAAAUCAAGGUAUGUCUGAAUGUGUUGAAAAUUCACAUGAAGGCAACUUUCAGCUUGAAGAUUUAAGCAAGCCAGUCACUUGUGAGGGGACUGAUGAAACAUCUGAAGAGACUCAAGAGGUAGCCAGGCUCCAGACAGCGUAUAUUUGUGCUCAGCAUCAGCUAAUUCAGCUGCAGGCUGAAGAGGAGGGCAUGAAAUCAACUAUCAAAUGUGCAGAGAGCAUGCUGCAGUCCUUGGACAAGGAUAUUGGACAACAAGAAAACCUUGAUGACAAAAUAUCUAGUUUAAGUGAUGAAAUUUCAACAAUUAAACGAGAGAUGGCUCAGAUAAGCAACGAGGAGCUGCUUCCCCUCCUGAAAGAGAAAGCACAACUUUUGACUGUGCCAGUGCUGAAAGCACACUUGGAUCAUCAGAUCGCUCAGCAGGAUUGUUGCGCUGCAAGACAAGAUGAAAUAUGCAGGCACUUGAUGAGACAGAAAACAUCGUUUGAACUUAUUGAGCUGGGCUGUAAAAUGGAGAUGAAGAAACACCAGGAGAUCAGCUGUCAGCUUGAGAAUUUGGUAGAAUCUCUGAAGAAGAGCACUGAUGAGUUGCAGCAGAGACUACAGGUGAUAACUGAGCGAAUUCAACCUGCAAAGCCAAAAAACACUAUUAGUCCUGAGGAUGGUUUCUCUUGCAGGCUAUAUGAGCUCCUGGAAGGAGGAAAUAAAAAACAACAGUUAUUUAAAACAUACAAAAACCUGGAGCGGAUGGCUCAGAAGUUAAAGCAAGACUGUGCUAUGGCACAAGAGCAGAGAGCAGCGUCUUCUCAGGAGCAGUCUCUCCUCUUGUCCAACCUAGAAAGAAAUGUAGAUGCCCUUCGUGAUUCUCUGUACUGUGGAGGAAAUCAGCUACAGCUCCGCAGUCCGGAACUUACUGAGCUGUUUCAUCAACUGGAAGUUAAUGUGAAUAAACUAACGCAACUCCUUAAGGAUCUGAGUGCUGAUCUGAAGUUGAAGAGAAGCAUUCUGGAGUCCAAUAAGCUGCAACAGAUGGAAAGAGAAUUGUAUGUGUAUUUUUUCAAAGAUGAAGAUCACUUGAAAGAGAUGGUAGAGAAACUUGAGCAGCAGUCUCAGGCUAAAGCCAGUGGUCUGGAAGAUGAGAAUUUCACAGCCAGUGGAGUUCCUAAUGUCUAAACUUCAAUGUACUCCUAAGAAAGGAAAA